CCGGACUCCAUCCAACGCACAGUUCACCACGCUGAUAAGUGCUAGCGUUCGCUCUUUUUCGACCCAUGUCUGACUGACUUGGUCUGUUUUCUUUUUCGAGGCCUAAGCUGAUCAAAGAUGGGUAUAUCGAGGGAUUCAUGGCAUAAGAGGCGGAAGACUGGGGGUAAACGACCCCAGCCCCACAAAAAGAGGAAGUUCGAAUUGGGUCGCACGGCCGCUCAAACUAAAAUUGGAGGAAAACGAGUUCAUAUGGUUCGUACAAGAGGUGGUAACAAGAAAUUCCGUGCACUUCGUCUUGACAGUGGCAAUUUCUCUUGGGGUUCUGAAGCAUGUACGAGAAAAACCCGUAUCAUCGAUGUCGUCUAUAAUGCCAGUAACAACGAACUUGUACGUACGAAGACUCUGGUGAAGAAUUGCAUCGUUCUUGUCGACAGUACUCCAUUCCGACAGUGGUACGAGUCUCAUUACAUGACUCCACUGAUGCGCAAAAAGGGAGCGAAACCAUCCGAGGCUGAAGAAGAAGUGCUGAACAAGAAGCUCUCAAACAAAACCCAGAAAAAAUACGACGAGAGAAAAAAAGUCGCUAAAAUUGCCAGCAAUCUCGAAGACCAGUUUGCUCAAGGACGAAUCUAUGCUUGUGUGGCUUCAAGACCAGGGCAAUCUGGCCGUUGUGAUGGAUACAUCUUAGAAGGCAAAGAGUUGGAAUUCUACCAAAAGAAAAUGAGGGCAAGGAAAGGAAAGUAGUUGUUAUAUUAUUAUAACGCUCUACGUUAAUAAAUCACAAUUAUGUGGAAUAUGAGUGGUUUCAAGAAA